UUUUCGCCGCGCAAUUGGUGAUCCUCUAGACAGGGAAAACUUUCCCUUAACGUCUCCUAAAUUGGGAUCUUUACCAAAGUCGAUGUUGUCCAUCGGUUUUGGUUAUAUGUGCUUAUUUUGUUUACAGAUGAGAUUCUCAAUCCUCCUUGUUCUAUCUGCUCUGGCAAUUAUCCAGGCUUCUGUGAUAAAAGCGCCGACAAGUAGAGCCAAUCUCAACGUAGGGUAUGCUGCUGCCGGUGACAGACUCCUAUACAGGACUUAUAUCUACAAGCCGGCGAUACCAAAUAGUGUCCAGCGCGAAGAUCUCGUUUAUCGUGGCAAUUCCACAACAAGGAUCAGUGCUAUCACUGCAACAGAAGUUGGCUAUACUCAGUAUGCUACAGCGUGGGUGAUCAGUGGUAGUAUUGGUGCUAAUAAUGUGACCAUCAGGUUCCAAUCAGCCUUAGGUUGGGGCUACUACUUCCUCGUCGAUAUUUGGGGUCGAUAAUUUAUAUUGAAUUACUUAAAUAUGUAUGUAAAUAAAUAUUCUUAUGGAGCAGAAAUGCGGGUGAUUUA